UGUUGUAAUUGCUACUGCAAACUAUGCACUGGAACUUAAUAUGAUGGUACAGAAGAAUAACGAUAAAACUUCAUGUAAAGACCAAACACAUUCUUCUUGUCAAAAGAACUGUUCAAGCAAUAUUAAGCGACCCCAAAAUGGUUUCAUUAGAUAUUCUGUGGAGAAGAGAGCUGAAGUUGCUGCCAAGAAUCCUCACCUUGAUAACAGGAAUAUCUCAUGUGUCUUGGGAUCUCAGUGGAAACUUUUAUCUAAAGAAAAUAGGGAACAUUACCAGCGGAAAUUUGAAGCAGAGAUGAAAGAUUUACGCAAGAAGCAUCCAGAUUGGAUGUAUUCGAAUAAGAAAAAUGAUGUGGAUGUUGUUUUAGAAGUGAUGCCAACACGCUUGAGACCAGCAGAGAAACGGAAGAAAAAAGUUUUGGACAUAUUUGAUGACAUUCCCACUAAGAAGAAAAUAAUGUCGAAGAAACGUAUUCCAAGAUGCAAAGAGAAUGUAAAAAACUCAAAAUGCCAUAAAUGUAAAAGCAAACUGAAAAACAACAACAAAAGAACCAAAUCUAAAGAAGAGAAGCUGUCUCAUGAGAAAGAUUACAAUGGUAAUGAUAAUAAUAAUAAUAAGAAGAAGAAUGAGAAUGAUGAUAGUGAUGUCUUUGAAGAUAGACUGAUAAUAGAUGAAGCUGUAUCUUCAUUCAAUGCUACAGCAAUGGCAUCAGAAUUUCCCAUCAACAGCAGCAGUGAUGUAAUUCUACAUGGAAAUAAAACAUAUUUACCACCUGAAAUGAGUUGGGAAUUACAAAUGAAUACUGAAUAUCCACUUCUGGACUCCCUGUUUCAACCUUCGGUAGAUUCUUGUAACCAAAUUGCUUUUAAUUAAUUCAUUUUAUUUCUCUCAUUUGACUAUUAUUUUAUAUGAUAUUUAAUAAGACCUUGUUAAUCCUGUUUUAAAACUAAUUAUAAUUAUAUAUGAAUGAUACACAGCUAAACAUAUCUUUACUCAUCAACAAUAUACAGCUAAAAUCACCUUCUUUACUCACCGACAGUAUGCAGCUAAACUCCUCUUCUCUACUCACCAACAUUACAUAACUACACUCAUCUCAUCUUAAUACACACUCAUUACCUCUACCCAUCAACAAUACACAGCUGGACUCCUCUACUCACCAGCAUUACAUAACUACACUCAUCUCAUCUUAAUACACAAUCAUUACCUCUACCUGUCAACAAUACACAGCUGGACUCCUCAACUCACCCACAAUAUACAACUACAUUGACCUCAACAAUAUACAACUACACUCAUGUUCUCUAUUCACCAGUAACGCUCAGCUAAGCUCCUCACAGCUCUCUUCUCAACAACAAUCCACAACUACUCUCAAUCUAACUUUUCUCAAGUGUUAAGUUCAAGCAGUCUUUUCUAACAGUGUCUACAACUACACAUUCUUCCCUGAAGUAGAUUUCUUAUCCAGGGCCAGAAAUCCAUCCCUAAUCUCUAAACAGCUGUUAAAUUUAUUCUCUUUGUUAAUAUGUUCCUGUAUUAGGAAACAGAAAUGGCAAUCGAUGCAUUAUAUACAUAUAUACACAUGUAGGAUUCCAUUUUAAGUAAAAAAUUCCACUCAUUUGAUUACCAAAUCUUCAUUUACCAACAUUUUACAGUCAGUGGACCCAUCAUCAGUUCCUAAUCUUGUAUAUUUUUGUUACCUAUUAAGACAAAUUGAUGGUGGUGCAAUAAUUGUUGUUGUUGUUGUAUAGCCCUUGUCAGGCUUGAUGGAUCAGAACUUUGAUCAAUGGCUUUCCAUCUGUCUGAUCCUCUCUGUUUUUCUUAGUGCAAAGAAUCCAUGCUGACAUUACCCAGUAUGUCCUUUUCUUAGAUAGUGGGGUGAGAUAUGAAGUAGAUUUGGCUGUUAUUUCUAGCAAGCCAAAUGACCAUAUAGAGUCACCCCCUUUGGCUCAUGGUUCUAAUAUGUUAGCUACUAAAAUGUUUUUGUUUUGAUUUUUAUGGCAGUGGCCUAAGAAUGUUUGUAAUUCAUUGGUGACUAUGUUCAUACAGUAUAUAUUAAUGACACCUAUUUUCUGGGAUGUAUACUGCCGUAUGCUACUUCUAAAUAUUACACCUGUUCCUUCUUAUCUUCACAAAACCUGUUACUGAAAAUUGCUAUAAAACUAUUGUUUAUCUUUUAUCUUUUACUUGUUUCAGUCAUUUGACACUUUGAAUUGUUAUUAUCUCAUAUCUGAUUAGCCUGUUUUCACAUAACAUGCUUCACAAUUUUAGUAUACAUGCCUUAUUAGUAUUUCCCUCUUAUGUUCUACAUACUCUGGGAACGCAUUAAAGCCCUUUUCAUGGCUACUUUAUUUGAGUUCUUACUAUCAAGUAACUAAUUUCAUGCUAUUACAUAACUCACUUCACGAUUUGGGUAUUCAUAACUUAUUGUGAAUUCCUAAAAACAAGAUUCUGUGUAAGACAGUUCAGUAUACUCUGUAAAUAUACAAAAACCGUUUUAAGGGCUACAUACUUUAUUUUGUUGUUAUUGGAUUAGCAAAACAAUUAUGAGAAUGGAACUAAGGGGUAAUCCCUGCUUUCCCUGGAAUUACUGGGUACGUCAGCUAGUGUUAUAUAUAUAUAUAUAUAUAUAUAUAUAUAUAUAUGAAAGAGAUAGUGAUAGCUGAAUACAUAUGUGUUUGCCACUACCACUUGACAAACAGUGUUGGUUUGUUUACAUCCUUGUAACUUAUGUAUUACGCUAAAAAAAGAUACCAACAGAAUAAGUGUCAGACUAAAAAAAAAUAUUGGGGUUGUUUGACAAACCCUUUUGAGGUGGUUUUCUCUUCCUCUGAAUUUGUUUCCAGCUCUUCUGUAAACACUCACCCAUCCUCAGUCAAAGAGGAUCUUAGUCUUCUGAGUCACAUGGUUACUUCACAAUAGCUGGUGCCAUGAAAAAAAGCACCAAGUAUAUACUCUGUAAACUGUUCGACAUUGGAAAAGGCAUUAAACCAUAGAAACCAUGCCAAAGCAGACAUUGGAAGCACAAUGCAAUCCUUGGAUCUGUUUUAUCUUGUCAAAUCGUCCAACCCAUGCCAGCAUAGAAGAUGGAUAUUAAAAAAUGUUGAUGAUGAUGAUGAUUCCAAGAAGAGGUCAAUUCUUUUAAUUUACGCUAUAAUUCUUUUGAUCAAGUCAUUUUUGUGCAAUAAUUUGUAAUUUAAGAACUGCUAUUAAUUUUAGCAUCCUUGCAUUGAUUUUUUUUUCAUUAAAAACAAUAAAAGACUACAGAUUAUUAAGUCGUUCAGUAUAAUUU